UUAACAUCAAAACAAAUGCCACAUUUUUUUUCAUGUUUGUGUAUACAAACCACCAAUCGUGAGCGUGUUUUUUUGAGUCAUAUACCGAAACCAAGGUUAAAAGCGAAAUGCAAACGAUAUUUACAAGAGAAUACCGUCGGUAUCCAAACAGUCGCACGCAUGGAUGACCUGGUUAAGUUCGAGAUGAACCUCGACCCGCCGUCGAAAGAGCUGGAGGCCUACGCCAGGGAGCAUCUCGACGAGGAUCCCGAUACCAAGCUCCAGGUCCUUGCCGAAUUCCGCGACCUUAUCUUCGAAAGGGGAGAAUGCUCACCGCACCGCCUAGACGACGACUUUCUGCUGCGUUUCUUGAGGGCGCGGAGGUUCGUCAUAAGACACGCUCACCGACUCCUUGUCAACUACUACGAGUUCAAGGAGAAGAAUCCGGAAUUUUACCAGGACGUGUACUUUGAUCGGUUGACUGCGAUAGGCGACGCCGAUUUGAUUAGCACGCAGCCCUUUCACGAUCAGCACGGAAGAAGGAUGCUAUUUUACAGAUUGGGUCACUGGGAUCCCGCCAAAAUAAGCACACGCGAACUGUUCCAGGCCACACUUGUCGCGCUCGAGCUGGCGCUAAUGGAAACCUCCACGCAAAUAUUGGGGGGAAUUUGCCUGUUCGAUUUGGCCGAUUUAAAGAUGAAGCACGUCACGCAGUUGAAUUCGAAAAUUGCCGCUCAAAUGAUCGACAUUGUCGUGUGGACCUAUCCUCUGAGGACACACGCGGUCCACAUCGUCAAUCAAUCGCCAGUUUUCAAAGCGGGCUACUCGAUUGUAAAGCCCUUCAUGAGCAAAGAAGUAAGGAAACGCAUCUUCUUCCACGGAUCGGACAUGAAGUCGCUACACAAGCACAUCGACCCGAAGUACUUGCCCGUAAGAUACGGAGGAGUCCAUCCCGAUUACAGCUACGGCGGAUGGGUCGACUACAUACGUAAGACUCCGUCGGUCCUGUCCGAGCUGCGCGACUUAGGAUACACGCUCGAGGAGCAAAUGAACGCGAUAUUAGUAUAGUUACUGUGAUAAGCCUUAGUAAAACUUUAUUGCCACUAA